GCGGCGCCCCGCUGGAGCCAGCAUGGCGGCCGAGCGCAAGACCAAGUUGUCCAAGAACUUGCUGCGCAUGAAGUUCAUGCAAAGGGGAUUGGACUCGGAAACCAAGAAACAGCUCGAAGAGGAAGAGAAGAAAAUCAUUAGUGAAGAACACUGGUACUUGGAUUUGCCAGAGCUGGGAGAGAAAGAGAGUUUGGUAACAGAAGAGCAGAGUUUCCUGUUGUGUGAAGAUCUUCUCUGUGGAAGAUUGUCAUUCAGAGGAUUUAAUCCUGAGGUUGAGAAGUUAAUGCUUCAGAAAGCAGAGGAGGUUGAAGAGGAAACAGUGGCGCUUGAUGUGUCAGAUGAAGAAAUGGCUAGAAGAUAUGAGACUUUGGUGGGGACAAUUGGAAAAAAGUUUGCCAAGAAGAGAGACCGUGCCAAUUAUGAAGAAGAUGAGAAUGGAGACAUGUAGCCCAUCAAAGCAAAGAAGACGUUCCUAAAGCCCCGAGAGUGAAGUGGACACCCCCGGUCACAGCGCAGGGAGCAGCUCGUGUUGGAGCUCAUCCUGGUGGCAUCUCUGACGUGGUUAAUACUGUGGUGCUUAUUCACGAAGGGAUAUGUCCAGGUUUUGAAAACGUGCUGUUUUGAGAACAGAUGUGUGGUGGAUGUUAUACAUCCUUUGCUUGGUGGUGGUCUU